AUGAUCUCCAUUUCAGAUGAGGCAAUUAGACAACCUGUGUACAAUGCUCUCUCUAGAAUCUGCCCUCAGUAACUGGUCUACUUGUAGCAAAAUUGUAAAUAAGCUCAACCAUGCGGGUAACUUCAAGACUUACUCUUGAAGGAUCAAAGCUUGCAGCAGCUAUUGGAACUCCAAGAACAGUGAAAGUUACUAACCAUAACCCUCCUACACGAAGGAAAAGGGGGCCUGGUCCCAGUUCGCCCCAUGAGUACAAAACUCCAUCCUUCAGAGAUGAGUACUCAUUCACCUGUCGUCAGAUCAGAUGAAUGGACUAACAAAGCAUACAUUUUCUAGCUCCCAUAGAGCGUUAUCUUACCACCAUACAUUUUUGGCAUGGAUUGAGGGACAUACCGGUCUUUGUUCAAAGGGGACCUCAAUUUCCAAGCCAGGGUCCCAACUUUGGCCUUGGGAGUGGCUUGUACCUCCAUCUGUCUCAUCUCUCAAAGCCCUUACUGAAAGCAGCCAAGAAGGCUUUUGUGUUCUAUGGUACUUGGGUAAGCUUGAACCAUAGCUGCGCCCAAGCUUGUUAUGUCUUGCACUAGGAAUAAGAGAGCAGUACAAAUUCAGUCUGAUCAUUCUAUUCUUCUAUUCAAAGCCAACGCAGCAGACUAAUCUCUGUUCAUAUGAACUGGCAAAGAGAAAGAACAAGAUAUUUGAGCUCGCCUAUUAAAGGCCAUGGUUAAGGUUUUUCUUUUCUUUUUUGGUUAUUUUUUUCCUAUCCAGAAGCAUGGCUAAGAUUCAUUACGGGCCCAUACAUGACUUCCGUGGAGCAAAAACAAUAGAUAUUGCAAUUCAUUUUGUUUUGCAUUUUUCCCUUUGAUGAAGGUUGUUUUGUUAUACACUGUCCAUUUCAUGGGGCCAGUUGAAGCUUUGGGAGCGGGCGAGUUUUGGAGGCAUAGCCCGUGCAGCGUGGCAGUUGUUGCCUUACAUGCUACUUACGUGCGAAUGGCUUAUGCUUCCACGAGCAAGAGUGGUCAAAUUCAUUACGUGGGAUUACUUACCCCUUUUUAAAAAAAUAAUUAAAAAAAAAAAGGGAAAAAAGGGUUUCUCCCAGUACCAGUGUUUCCUCGGCAUUUGAUUCUAACUGUCGGUUGCGUCAUAUGUUUUUUUUUUAUGCCUAGUGCCUGCAGAGAAAUUGCAAUUUUAUUUUAAAGGUGUAAAAUGGAUAACUAAGAACUGGGGGAGAUCAUAGAUGAUCUAAAACCUUCCUUUUAAGGCGUAUGUUUUGAUUCA